AUGAGUGGAGAUGCUGGAGUAUCAGCCUUUCCUGAAGGUGAAAACAUCUUCUCAUGGGUCGGUACCAUUGAAGGAAGCAAAGGAACUCCAUAUGAAGGUUUAUCCUACGAGCUUUCAUUGCACUUUCCAUUUGACUAUCCUUUUAAGCCUCCCCAGGUUAAGUUUGAGACUCCGUGCUUCCAUCCAAACGUCGAUCAUUGUGGCAACAUUUGUUUAGACAUCCUCCAGGAUAUGUGGUCUUCCGCAUAUGAUUGCAGAACAAUCUUGUUGUCCAUCCAGAGCUUGUUAGGAGAACCCAAUAAUGAAAGUCCUCUCAAUAGCUAUGCUGCAACACUGUGGAGCAACCAAGAAGAUUACAGAAAAAUGGUUCACAAGCAUUACAUGGAUGCUGCUGAAGCAUUUGAAUGUCAUACUCUCUUCAAAUAUACUUAAUGAACACUGCAUCAAUUGAGCAUUGUGUUUGGAAGCUGAGCUAUAUGACAAUCUUCCGGCAGGGACACUGUAUAUAUGUAUUCUCCCUGUAAAGUUCAGAAGCCUCUGUUGGUUUUAGGCAGGCAGGGAUACUGGACAUCCAUCUCUUGUUCCCUCAAGACAGAUAAUGUAUGACUCAGGGAAAAAGCAAGAUGAUGGGAUUGGUGAUUAACUAUAUUGCAGCAAUUAUGAUCGAACUUAUUCUUGUGAAGUUGUACCAUUUGUUAGUUUCUUCUAGUGUGCAUCUUUGUAUAAUUAUGGUAGGUCGUCUUUUGUUCAAAUUUCAAAUAAAUAGCAUCAAAAAAAUUUAUGUACUGCAUCCAUGAAUAACACACAUUUGGCCUUGCUUGCACUUUUUUUC